AUGAAGAAAUCUGUCGGUGAUAAGCAGACUUUUCGCGGAUUCUCGGUAUUCACGGCCUACGAAAGAAACAAGUAUAUAUUGCUGCGUUAUGCACUAAUGUUUACUCGACUUAACUCCCGAGCGAAGCGAACAGUUGAGAAGUUGCCAAGUCUUAUUCUCAAAACCCUCACCAUUGAUGUUGCUUUAAUCCAUAAAAACACUUGCAUUGAGCAAAACCUAAAAACGAAGAAUCUCGCUAGCAGUUUGGCACUACAUCUUCGAUAUUUUGAUAGUCAGAUAACUUAUAGGAUGCACAGAAGUGUUUUCGAAAGAAGUCUCGCUCGUUAUCGGAAUAAGCCAGACAAAUCGCUCCACCAAUUAAGAACGACCGUGUACCACCAACCGCCAAAUCGAGAAAGAGAAUUCAAUCUGUCAUUCUUUACGGCGUCCGGACCAGAUGAGCUUUUCCCUUUUCAACCAUUCUACCCUAAGAACCGAAAGAACUUCGUUUCUGGGAAGCUGCUCGACGAAAGAACAAUACCCCAUCAGAUCGGAAUAUAG